GUCGUCCACAUCUCGUCGCCCUUCGUCCACUAUUGGGGAACAGUUGCUGAGCUCAGAAAAGAUGGAGGGGAGCAGCAGUUGGGGUAGUAAGACGCGAGUAUCGGUUUCAAGAGGAGAUGAUAAUUUGCCUCCUCUUCCUAGUAAGAAGCAACCACAAUCACAAGCUUCAAAGACAGCUAUUGAAAGUGGUAACAACAGGGGAAAUAUUAAUGUU